UGGUGCCAGGCUAGAGCCAGCCCAUUUCUGCCGUCCGCACCGCGGGCAGGGGCAGGCCGAGCUCCGCGGGCGGGCGGCGGCGACAUGUCGCGCUGCUGGGGCGCGGGCUCGUGCGGGCAGCUGGGGCUGGGGCUGGGGCCAGCGGCGGUGGCCGUGUCCUGCCGCCCGGGGCCGGCGUUGCUGGAGGCGGCGUGCGGGGAGCGGCACACGCUGCUGCUGCGCCCGGGGGGCACCGUGUGGGCCUGCGGGGACAACGCCCGCGGGCAGCUGGGCAGGCGGCCGCCCCCGGCCCGCAGCUACGCGCCAGAACAAGUCCAAGCAUUGGAAGCACAGAUUAUUACUCGUGUGAGCUGCGGGAAAGAACACUCACUAGCUGUUAGCAAUGAAGGAAAGGUUUUUUCCUGGGGAGCUGGGUCUGAAGGACAGCUGGGCACUGGAGAAUUUGAGGAACAAAGUUUUAUCCCAAAGAAAAUAGAUGGUUUAUCAAAUCACAGAGUAUUACAGGUCACCUGUGGACACUAUCACUCACUUGCACUAACACAAGAUGGCAGAGUCUUUUCCUGGGGGCAGAACGGCCAUGGCCAGCUGGGCCUAGGGAAAGAAUUCCCUUCUCAAGCCAUCCCACAGCAAGUUGUGUCUCUCAAUGGGAUCCCUUUGGCACAAGUGGCUGCUGGUGGGGCACACAGCUUUGCCCUGUCUCUCUCAGGAGUUGUGUAUGGAUGGGGAAGAAACAGUGCACGGCAGCUGGGAUUAAGCCAGGCCAACACCAAAGAGCAAGUCUUCAAGCCUUGGUCAGUAGCUGCCCUAAAGAGCAUUGGUGUGAUCUAUAUAGGCUGUGGAGAUGAACACACUGCAGUCCUCACCCAGGAUGGCAGUGUAUUUACAUUUGGAGAUAACAGUGCUGGACAGCUGGGCCAUCAUUUUUCUGCAGUGAAAACUGGUCCACAAAAGGUUGAAGGGAUAGAUGGUCCCGUUUCCCAUUUAGCAUGUGGCAGCUACCACACCCUGGUCUAUGUCUCAGCUUCUGGCCAGCUUAUGUCUUUUGGAUGUGGACCUCAAAGACCUGCUGAAAAUGAAACAGCCAAUAGCCAAGGAGAGCAGGUGCAGAAUGUGGACAUCAGCAGCCUGGUUUCUGCUAAUGAUCUGCCUGGCAUUGGAGUGAAAAUGAUUUUUGCUGGCGCAUAUGUCAGUUUCAUCAGCACUGUUCAGUCCCAGUCCCCUGAGCAUGCAAGUGGAAUCUCUUCUGUGGAUGAGUUGCCAAAGAUUAGCAAGAUUGAUCGGACUCAGAUUGAAAAAUGGCUGGGAGUGACACCUACCAGUAAUGAAUGGCAAGAAGCCAAAAGGGAAAUAGAAGAAAUAUUUUCUUCUUCUGCCUGUUUAAGUGCAAGUUUUUUAAAACCAAGAUCUGCUCAGGGAGCCAGUCCUUUUGAUGUUGAUCUACAGAAUGCAAGGGAUGUGUUUGAUGAACUAACCAAAAUGGACUGGAUUGCUAAUACGAUAAGUUGCUGUCUGAGGGAACGUCUGAUUCCCAGUCUUCCACUGCACUCGGUUCACCAAGAGGCUAUAUCUAUUUUCCUUCUCCUGCCAGAAUGCCCCAUAAUGCAUGCAGCAGAAAACUUAGAGUCUCUGGUUCUGCCCUUGGCAAAAGCCAUUCUUAGCAUGAGUGACCGUUCUUCAGACCUUCUGGAAAAAUGUUGGUUGUCCUUGUCAGCAUCAUGUUUGGACAAUGUGGUACAGCUGUUUAAAAAGGCAGUAGUUUCUCAAUUAAAAUUGUAUUAUACCUUCCCCUCCUGUCAAAAUGCCAAACCUCUUCUGGAAGUGCUGAAAAAGCUGCACCGGGCAAACAAGAAAGCUAAGUCCACCCUGCAGUUAAGUAAUUUUUACAUCCAUGAAAUCUCCAGCACAGUUAAUCUUCAGGAGGAUGUAGCCAGGUGGCGCAGAUGGCAAGCUACAGCUGAUUCUGCUGGUGAUGACAACACGCUUGUCACACUCUGCCGCUUUCCUUUUGUCUUUAAUUUGGUUUCCAAGAUUCAAGUGUUCCGCACUGAUUCGGUACUCCUCCAACAGGGAGCAAAGGUAAUAGCCCAAAACAUAAUCAUACAGAAUCAGCUGCUGAGAAAUAGUGACCUUCCCGACCUUCCUAUAUUUCCUCUUGAGGUUAAUCGCAACAACUUGGUUGAAGAUACUUUACGCAAACUGUGUCUGGUAGAGGAUAGCACUCUGAAAAAGGAGUUAAUGGUGGCCUUUAAAGGAGAGAUUGGCCUUGAUGCAGGAGGAGUGACAUUAGAAUUCUUCCUUACCUUGUUUGAGGAAAUGGUUCAUCCAGAGUAUGGACUGUUCAUGUACUGCGAGACCACGUCCCCCAUGUGGUUUCCUACCAAUCCUUCAAUAGAGAAGAAAAAGUAUUAUCUCUUUGGAAUCCUGUGUGGGCUAGCUCUCUUCAAUGGAGUCAUUGCCUAUAUCCCUUUUCCACUCGCUGUUUUUAAGAAACUUUUGGAUAUGAAGCCUUCCUUGGAAGAUUUGAAGGAGCUGAGUCCUGUUGUAGGGAAGAGUAUGCAGGCAGUUCUAGAUGAUGAACAUGAUGAUAUUGAAGAAAAUCUUCAGCUAAAGUUUUGCAUGAGUACUGCUAGAAACUAUCAUGAUAUAUCAUGGGACAACAAGGACAUAGACCUGAUUCCAAAUGGCAGUUCCAUUGCUGUGACCAGUAAAAACAAGAGGGACUUUAUCAAUAAGUACAUUGAUUACAUCUUCAACAAGUCAGUGGAAGUGGUGUAUGAGGAGUUCAAGAGAGGAUUUUACAAAGUCCUGGACAAAGAUAUAGUUAGAUUCUUUCAUCCUGAAGAACUGAUGGAGGUGACCAUUGGAAACACAAAUUACGACUGGAACAAGUUUGAAGAGAAUGCAGAGUAUCAUGGAAUAUACACUCCAUCACAUCCCACCAUCAAAAUGUUUUGGGAGGUUUUCCAUGACCUACUUCUAGAAGAGAAGAAGGGCUUUCUUUUGUUUCUUACAGGAAGUGACCGGAUCCCUAUACUGGGAAUGAACUGUAUAAGGAUAAAGUUCUAUUUCAAUGGGGCUCUGUCAGAAGAUCACUUUCCUCAAGCACAAACUUGCUUUCAAAUCCUAUUCCUUCCACCAUAUUCAGACAAAGAAAUUCUCAAGGAGAAGCUUCUUACCGCUCUCAGUAACAACCGGGGAUUUGGAAAAUAGUGAAUCACAAACUUACACCACAACCAUCACUAAGAAACAGACUGUUCUCUAGUCUCACGACCUUGGAUUCCAUAUGUAUCAAGCCUCCUGUUGAACUUAGUCCAGUAGGUUACCUUGAAUUUUGGAGGGUUUUUUAAGGCUUUGGUGGCAGUUCCCUUUGGUCAGUAGUGUCAGAAUUAGUUAGGGUCACACUUCUAGAAAGACACAGGUUAAUUACUGUAUGUAAAUGUAAUGGUUGGAUUGAUUCUCUAAAAACCAGAACAGAUUUAGAGCACCACCUAAAAUAGGUUUGAUUUCAGAAAGGAUGAGACACACUCUAAUGUCAAUCUAGAGUUGCUAUUUUACAGAGUGAUAUUCUAUCUGCUAUCUAAUUAUUGCACCAAACCAACAAACUGUGUUCAGUUACUGUGACAGCACAUAAUCUCACAUUCAAAAUAUUCUGAUCAUUCAGGCUACAGACAGACAUUACAUAUAAAAUGGUUUAAAUGAUAAAAAAUUGGUUUAAACCUGUAACAGAACAUAUAUUCAGUGCACAUAAACCAGUUUAAAAAUGGCUGACACUGGUUUAAGAUAAACCUGGUUGAAAGUAGUAUCAGACUUAACUGAUUUGGGUCAAACUGUUUUAUGUUUGUCCCAGACCCCUUCCUGGUUUAAGUUAAACCAGAGAUUCCCAGCAUCCCGGCAUGCUGUCUGGGCUGUGCUUUCUGCUCCAGAGAGCAGAACUGGCCCCACCCCCUGCUCCCUGGCCAGAGCUCUGGCAGAGACUGCAGGUACAGCAGGGUCUGCCUGGCUUCCCCCUGCCCCAACCCCCCUUGCUAAUCACAGCUCAAGCAAGAAACCCCCCCUCCCUUCCUCCCAUCUCCCACAGCAUGGACCCUAGGCAUGUGGUAUGCUAACUAAUAUUGAGAGGUGUCUGUGUGUGUGUCUCCAAUUUCACUGGGAAAGCCAACAGAACAGUGUCCUCUUAGGGCUUUUUGGAGCUAAUUGACAGGUCAGAGAGGCUAUUGUUUUGCUGAUGGCGUGAUAAACACUGUUAUCAGCCCCCUGCUCGCUUGCUUGCCUAUCAGUUUGCUGCAGACAGUAUAAAGAAGCAGGGACAGAGAUUGAAAAGCUCCGUAUCAUCAACAGAUGCGUGCACUGCACACUCGCUCCUCUCCCCUUCCCUCCCCCCCACUCCAUCCUUGCCUCAACACUCCCACACCUUGAGCAGCCAGCAGUGAAAAGCCUGGGAUGGUGCAGACAGCCCUCUUGACUCAGAGGUCCUGCCCAGGCUUGUCCAUACCCCGCCUCAGCUCAGCAUUGUUCAAGGGAAGGGAGGGCUGAUCUAGCACCCCCUGGCUUCUAGCCAGAGCCACUGGCAUGUGCCUGAAUUUCCUCAGUCCAGAGAGAAUGUCUAUGACAUUACAAACUGGUUUAGCCUAGCCAUGUUAAACUAACCUGCAAAGGUUGAAUCAAUUCAGGCUCACGCUUUUUGAAUAUCUGUCCCUAGCCUUAGGGAACACAUGUUGUGUAAGAUACUUCAUAAAAUAUAGUUUUGAAAUGUGCAAGAAGAAAAAGAGAAUUUUUUUUAUGCUACAAUCAAAUAUAAGUAGCCACUGCCCACUAUUAAAAGAAAAAGUCAAAGAAAAUACAAAAUAGCAUUUAGUAGCAUCCUUAGACCUAUUCUCUAACCUCUCAAAAUAUAUAAAUAGAACAACCUGUUUGCUGCACCCAAAACAUAAAGCUGGCCAGUUCCUAUUUAUAAUUUAACUUUAGUUUGUCAACUUUUACUAACUCCAUGACUAUACUGCUAGUUAUUGAAACAAGAUUUUUUGCCUUUCUCUUAAUGAAAGAAACUUCUUGGACCCUAUUUUGUUGUGAGAAACUUGAAAGUGUUAAUAUAUGCAAUAGCAUAUACGAUGCAAGAAUGUUGCUGUUUCUGAAUAAUUCUCUGGAAGAUUGUGGUUCAACAAGGAAAUGGACAAGGAUGUUAAAUAUAUUUGAUAAGAAACUUCUGUAAUAAUGUCUCAUUAAAAUGUUUCUUCUGUACUUAGAUACACAGCAAAAUAUAACUUUCAAGCCAAUAUUAUACUAAGUAAAACUUACUCAAGAAAUCAGUGUGAUCUGUUUAGAAGAUAAAAGCAUUACGCCGCUAUCUGUACUUGGCAUUUUGUUGCACAAAACUAUGAUUUUCUUUUAUUUACUCUGAUUUACAGGCCAAAUAAAAUUGUAUCCUGA